ACGAUGCCUCCAUGAAGGCUAACCAAGGCCGUCGGCUUGUCCCCACUUUGACGAAAACAGCUGAUCCUUUAUUAUACUAGACAGUAGACGCACAACGGCACAAGGAUCGACGCGACAGCAGAAGAGAAAUCUAAACCAGUCCGAGUCCGCCGGUCGAACGUUAAGGAUGUGUUUUACCUAAAUAUCUUCAAGUGUCGUAUUUCGAGUAAUAAUACGCACACAAAUAUUGGGAGGUUAUCCGGCUCGUGUUUAACCUAUAAGAAUUUACAAGCUUGAUUUACGUCUUUAGAUAAACUAUACAAAAUGCCUUGUUGGUACUAUGAAAAAUCAGAUCUCCAUAAUACACCUUCGAUUCAAGAUGGAAUUGACUAUGAAACAGAGUGUAAAUAUAGAAAAGAAGGUGCCCGAUUCAUUAUUGAUGUUGGCACAAAAAUGGACCUUGGUUAUAACACCAUGGCUACAGGGGUUGUGUAUUUUCACAGAUUUUACAUGUUCCACUCCUUCAAAACAUUUUCUCAACAUGUGACUGCAUGCUGCUGUUUGUUUUUGGCUGGCAAGGUAGAGGAGACACCUAAGAAAUGCAGAGAUAUCAUUAAGACUGCAAAAGCACUGCUCACAGAUCAGAAAUUUGCAAAUUUCGGAGAGGAUCUCAAAGAAGAAGUAAUGACAUUAGAAAGGAUUCUAUUGCAAACCAUUAAAUUUGAUUUGCAAAUAGAACACCCUUAUGGCUAUUUGUUGCAAUAUGCAAAAUGCCUGAAAGGUGAUAAAAGCAAAUUGCAAAAGAUGGUCCAAAUGGCAUGGACGUUUGUUAAUGACAGUUUAUGCACUACUUUGUCACUUCAAUGGGAGCCAGAAAUCAUAGCUGUAGCUCUUAUGUAUUUAGCUGGAAAGCUAAGUAAAUUCGAUGUGGUCGAUUGGUAUGGUAAAGAGCCAAAGAAUACUAGAUGGUGGGAUAUGUUUGUGGAAGAUAUUACUAUGGAUUUGUUAGAAGAUAUUUGCCAUCAAGUGUUAGAUUUAUAUUCUCAAUCAAAUAAUGCAAAAACUUCCGAAUCACUACCAAUCACUUCAUCUAAUGAGCCUGCUGAGGAGAAACCCACAGCAUCACCAUCUGCAAUGAAUUCUGCUGAUAAUAAACCUAAAAAUGGGGCUCCAGUAAAAAUACCAAAAACUGAAUCUGCAUCCAUUUCCACAGCAGUAUGUGCACCCAUGGAUGUAUCAAACACUAUAAAACCUAUAGAUGUACCAAGUCAUUUUCCACCGUACCCAGCUACAUUUGUCCCAGUGGAUUCGUCGUUUCCACCUGUCUUUCCACCUGUUAAUAUAACAGUUCCACCACCACCUGUUAAUCACAUAGUACCUCCAAGGCACAUGAAUGUUCCUUUAGGACUGAUUCAUCCAUUGCCAGUUCCAGGACCAGGUCAAGGACCACCACCAUUUCAUCAACAUGGUCCAUAUCUGUAUCCACCAAAUGCAAAUUACUUCAUGGGUGGUGCAUCAGGACUUAUGCCCAAUUCGAGAUACUAUCCACCUCAAUUAUAACUUAAGACUGAAUGAACAUUAGACUUGAAUUAAUUGUUAAUCUUCUUGGUAAAAAUUUCUCAAUGAAAUGAAUUAUAAUGUGGUGUUCCCUCAUUGUUAACGUGAUUAAAUAUGACUUGAGAAAAUACGGAUAUGACUGCCUAUUUAGAAUAUCGCAAUAUUAUAUAAAAAUUAUAUAUUUUUUAGAAAAUAUUCUCAACUAAUUAAUAAUGUUUGUAAAAAUAUUGUCAUGUAGUACGAAUUUAUUAAUUUUGUAUAAUAGCAAUAAUUAUAUCAAUGUAAAUGAAAUUAAAGAAUCGAAACUUGAAAAAAUAUAUUUUUUUUAAAUUA